GUUCCAGGAGGUUGGCCAUGAAGCAGGACCCCAGUCUAAAUAUAAAUGAGCCCUCUGGAGACUGGGGUAAGUCAGGCUGGGAUGAGUCGAGCAGAACCUGUCCUGGGAGGAAGACCGCAAGCUCGUCCUCCGGGCAUGGGCCCUUGUCUUCAGUAUCAUCGCCACCAUCAUGGCGCUCAGUGUGGUGGAUGGGCGGAUGGCUUACCUGCAGGGCCCUUACUCCGGCUACCUGGGCCUCUGGACUAACUGCAGGAGGCAUGAGUGUGCCUGCCUGAAGCAAGUUGCCGUUCUCAUCCACAUGAGCAUGGGCUUCAUGAUGUUGGCUCUGGCCCUGUGCUUCAUCCUCCUCAUCACCAUGGGCUUCUCCUUCAGGCCAGUGUUUCGCCGCCUCAAUAAGACCGACCUUGUCUUCAGUGCCCUCAGUUUUGGCACUGGUCUCCUGAUGGCUCUCAGCGUGACGCUCUUUGUAGUCAACAUUCAGAUGCUGCUCCCGAGGCCACAGGUGUCCUACCUGGCGAUUUUCUACCUGUGUUGUACUGCCACCUUUCUGAUGCUGUGGUCAGGAACUCUGAGCUACUUAAACUACAAGGGCCUCUGGAGCCUGAAGACUCUCUCCCGGGAGCGGCGGCUCAGCUUCUUCCGCUGGGUCUCGGUGCAGAAGACCUUGAGGCGCAAGUCCCAGCUGCAGAACACCCCCAGGAACAUGCUGCCCCUCAACAGCAGCCUCACCCUCUAGGGCUGCUCGGGACUCUGAAGGGUGACAGCGCCCAUGGGCCAAUCCCCUCUCUUCAUCUCCCUACCUCCCAGAGGAACCUGGCCAUCCUGCCCUGGGGUGCUCUGGAGUCUCUGUUCCUGCCCACUGUGCCCCCUUUCCCUCUCCUGGAAGUCAGCCGCGUCACUCUAGUGUACUACUGAGUGCACCAUCCCACACCUGCUGGGACCCCCGUGGACACGCCUCCAUCCCAACGAGGCCCCGCCCCCGAGCUCCUGGAUUUGCUCCUAGUCCAGGGAGGCCACGCCCCACCAGUGAGCCUCGCCCGCAGCCCCGUGGUCCGGCUCCUAGGAAGCUCAUUCGCGCCUGCCCUGCGUGGCCACGCCUCCAGUCAAUUGAGGCCACGCCCCAGGGACCUGGAUUUGCCUUCCCCCAAUGAGACCACGCCCCCACCAAUGAGCCACGCCUCCAGUCUAUUGAGGCCACACACCUAGGAAGCUGGAUUCGCCCCUAGCCCAGCGAGGCCUAUUCACACCAGCCCCAGUGAGGCCACGCCCCCAUCAGUGAGCCACGCCUCCAGUCUACCAGGCUCCAGCGCAGCGAGGUCCCGCCCCAAAUCCACUCAGACCCGUUCCUCCUCCAUCCACUCCCAGGACUCAAUGAGCUUGCUGUCCAGUCACACCUGGGUGUGACAAAACUGGGCGCAGACUUUGAUGUAGCCCCGCCCUGGUGGCGAAGCCUGAAACUAGAUCGCCCUGCCCCUCUCAGGCUUCGAACUCAAGGAAGGUGGGCACCACCUUCCUCCCACGACAGGGUCUGGUCUGCGCAAACAUGUGUCCUUCCUGUCCUGCAAGUUUUGUGUCCCCAAGCAGAACCCCGCCCCUCCCCCACCUGGAGGGCGGGGGUGGGGUGCUUAGCUUGGUAGGUCCCCAGCAGCCAGCUGCCUGGAGUCUGGGCCUCGGCAUGAAUGGAUGUCCCGGGAUUUGA